UGGAUGUGCUCGAGGGCACAAGAAUGACGCUGCUGUUACGCACGAGCGCGCACCAAAAACCAUUUACCCACUUUUCACCCCAAGCCCAUACGUACCUAUCAUGUUCUGUGACAAGAGACACUCAGCGCAUACAGAGUCGCUCCUUGUCCUUUGACCCCACAAGCUUCCAAAAUAGAGGAACAACCUUGCGGAGACAUGAGUCGGAGCGGCAGUUGUUAACAACUCUCUGUGUUGCCCGUCACUCAGCAGACUUUCGGGCGGUCAACAGCGGAGGUUAUAAAACUUGUGGUAAAGUUUACACGGCAGUGGCGUUUGUUAGUUCUCCCACUGCGGAGUGGACUUUUUCUUCUCUAAACAUUUCUUCGGAAGCCAAGAGAGGUCCUGCUCUAAAGCUGCUCUGCUUGUGGGUCCACUGUGCCUUGCGAAUUUCAAGUGAAAACAGCUGAUCCACACAUAUUUCCUGAUUUUCUUCAUUAAGAAUCAUGAGGAGGCCUGGCGACCUUCUACUAGUUCUGCUUUGGAGCUUUACAUCCGGAGCCAGAAGCCUUAAUAUACCUUUCGAAGUGGAGCAACCUCCAACUAUAAUCAACCAUACAGCAGGUCCUGUUAUUGCACUUCCUUUUGACAAUACACUGACUAUAAGAUGUGAAGCCAGGGGUAACCCACCACCAGAAUACACAUGGACAAAAGAUGGCCAGGAGCUAAACCUGCCAAACAUCCCGACAGUCAAAAUAGACAACAGAAAUGGGAUAUUCAUGUUUCACAAAAAGCACUUUGGCCAGUUCAGGGGUAAAUACAGAUGCUUCGCUUCCAAUAAGCUGGGAACUGCCAUGACGGAGGAGAUUGAAAUCGUAGUUUCCACUUCACCAAAGUUCCCAAAGGAAACAUUGGAUACCAUUGUCGUUAAGGAGGGCUAUCCAAUUACUCUUCACUGUAACCCCCCAGAAGGUGUGGCCCCACGUGAGAUCUACUGGAUGACUCAGAGUCUGCAGCACAUAAAGCAGGAUGAGAGGGUCUCCAUGGGAACCGAUGGAAACCUGUACUUUGCUUAUGCCUUACCAGAAGACAGUCGCAAGGACUACGGCUGCAACGCUGUCUUCCAAAGGAUACGCACUAUUGUCCAGAAAAUGCCCUUGUCCGUCAAGGUGGAGAGACUGGAACCGCAGAACAACUCUUCUGAGAAUGUCAGUCCCACGCUACCAGUUCGAGCACCCAGCCUACUGCUGCCCUCUGGUGUCCAAUCAGAGAAGCUGUUGCUGAAAGGACAGGAUCUGCACCUUGAGUGUAUACCAGGAGGAUAUCCCACUCCUAAAAUGACAUGGAUGAAAAUGGGAGAAACUCUAACUGAUCGGAUAAAACUGGAUAACUUUAAGAAGCUGUUGACCAUCAGUACUGUGGAUGAGAAGGAUGAGGGGAAAUACAUGUGUAUGGCUGAAAAUUCAGCCGGAAAGGCAGACCAUUACUUUGAUGUGAUUGUAGAAGAGCCACCGAGAUGGCGUGCAAAGCCUCCCCAGAACCAGCUGUCUGUGAACGGGUCAGACGUUUUCAUUAAGUGCUCAGUGGAUGGAAAACCAACCCCAGUGAUAACGUGGAGAAAAAAUGGAAAAAUACUCCAAGAUGACAGAGAGAACAACAGACGAGUGCUUGACGAAACUGUGAUGCUCCACAAGGCCGGACCGGAGGACAGCGGCGUCUACCAGUGCGAGGCCUCCAAUCGUCAUGGCAGUGUUCUUGCCAACAUUAAUGUCUUAGUUAUGAAUAUUGCACCUCUUAUGCUGACAAAGGACUUCCAAGAGUAUGCAGUGAUAGAAGGAGGGGCCAUUGUCAUGAACUGCAGUGUUUUCAGCUCUCCUCAAUCCAGUAUCUCUUGGACCAAGGAGGGGACAGCUGUUGAAGGAGAACGAUUUCAUGUUUUGGAAGAUGGGCAAUUCUUGGAAAUCAUCCGCGCAGAAAAAGGUGACACGGGGAAAUAUGCUUGCAUGGCUAGCAACAGAGAAGGCAUGUCAAGUCUCACAGCUCUGCUGGAGGUGAAAGACCCAACAAAAAUUGUGGCUCCUCCUCGGGAUGCGCAGAUCAGCAGUGGGAAUUUGGCCCGAUUGAUGUGCCGGUCAGAAUAUGACAGAAGUCUGCAGGGCACCUUUGAGGUGAUCUGGAGGAAAGAUGGGGAGGAGAUCUUUCGCUCUUCUGAGAAUAGUUUCAGGUACAAAAUGGAAGGUGACCAGUUGCAGAUUAGGGACGUGAAUAUCAGUGAUCAGGGGAGCUAUACAUGCAUUGCUCGAACAAGUCUUGAUGAGGACACUGCCACUGCCUUUCUAACUGUACUGGAUACUCCUGAUGCUCCUAUGAGUUUAAAGAUAUUGGAUCAGGAAUCAAGGAAUGUAACUCUGUCCUGGAUACCAGGGAGUGAUCACAACAGCUCCGUGACAGAAUUUGUGGUGGAGUAUGAGGAGAGCCACUGGGAGCCUGGAAGGUGGAAGGAGCUGCAGAAAGUCGCCGGUAACCAGGCAACAGCCGAGCUCUUUCUUCAUGGAGACCUUAACUAUCAGUUCAGAGUUUAUGCUGUUAAUGCCAUUGGACCUGGACCACCUAGUGAGCCCACAGAGAGACUCAAAACACCCCCUGCUGCACCAGACAUAAACCCGGAAAACAUCAGGAUUCAUGGCCACCUUCCCCAUGAAAUGGAAAUCAGCUGGGACCCACUGUUACCUACUGAGUACAACGGUCCAGGACUUGAGUAUAAGAUCUCCUACAGAAAACUGGAAGUGGAAGAUAAAUGGCAUGAGCACCUGGUCACAAGACCCUCCUUUAUCGUCAGGAACACAUCCACCUUUGCACCGUACGAGAUCAAAAUCCAGAGCAGGAACAGCCUCGGCUGGGGUCCAGAACCAAAACCCAUAACCGGUUACUCUGGAGAAGAUAUUGUCUUUUGGCACUGUCUCCAGGAAAAUGUGUCAGUUCCGACUGCAGCUCCACACAAUGUAGCAGUGGAGGUGAUCAACAGCACCGCUCUCAGAGUCAGCUGGAGCCCAGUUCUCCCAGCCACAGUGCGAGGUCAUUUGGGAGGCUACAUGGUUCACUGGGAGAGACUGAAAAGCUUCCUGAGUCCUGACAAGAUUUUAGAGGAGCAUAACUCCAAGUCUUUCCCUGGAAACAGGAGUCAUGUCAUUGUGUCAGGGUUGAAACCUUUCUCUGAGUACAGACUCACAGUGAACGUUUUUAACAAGAAGGGAAAAGGACCAAAGAGCGAUCCAGUCAACUUUGAUACUCCAGAGGGCGUUCCAGAGAUAGUGCCGGUGCUGAUUCCCAGGAUUCAGGAUGAUGACACUGUUCUGCUGGAAUGGGGACCACCACCAGUAACGAAUGGCAUCCUCAUUGGUUAUCUUCUAAAGUGUAACGUCUUAGAUAAGACUUCGCUGGAGGAGAUUGAUUCCUUUGAGCUGACCAUCACUUUGCCUGACGUCACUCAACACCAGAUUGUGAGACCGGACAAGGGCAGCCUCUUCCGCUUCUAUCUGAGCGCGUGCACUCGAGCAGGUUGCGGGCCUGCGCAACUGGCUGAAAAUCACAGUCCUCCAGCAGAAAAAGUCGGAACGGAGGCCAGCAAUUCAACGCAGCGCUGGUUCAUCGGGACUCUGUGUGCGGUGGCAUUACUCACGCUUGUGGCAGUGAUCGUGUGCUUUGUGAUGAAAACCAAGGGUGGCAAAUAUGCAGUAAAAGAGAAAGAAGAUCUCUUUCCCGAUGCAGAGUCACAAGCAAUGAAUGACGACGCCUAUGAAUACAGCAAACCUGGCACUCAUGACGUUUACCAGGAACAACCUGACAGCCAGUGCACUCAUCAUUUAAUGGGCUAGGUAAUCACAAAGUGUGCUUAAGAGUAGUGGUUAACCCUCAGCUUAAGCUUUGUUCCCUUUUAGCUGGAAUUAUGUGUUUUCACUCAGUAGUUAGAUUUGGGUUGUGUGCGUGUUCAUGCUUUCCAGACCUUGUGACCCGUGUUACGCUUGUAGGCUAUUUUAAUGUUAGUAUGUGAGCCUAUGUGUGUGUGUGUGUUUGUGUGUGUGUAUGUGUAUUUGGCAUUUUUUUCAAGGUACAAUUUAUUGAGGUUCUUAGUUACAGCAUAAUUCAAACAUUGCAAACCAGAUCUGUUUGAUCAGAAGAUAUAAAAAAAGGUAAUAACUCCACAUUUAUAUUAGAGAAUAUGAAAACUGUCUCACUUCCAGAGAAAAACACAGUUGGCCAAAAUUCUUUGUGUAUCACAUUUAAUCCGCCGUCGUGUGACAAGAAUUAUUGUUCUAAUGGGUAAAAUCUGUCUAUUUCUUAUUUUGCUGAUGAGUUUUGGCUCUCGGUUAGAAACGAUAGAUUUGCACACCAAAUUCUGUGGUCUGCAAAUGUGUUUCUAAUAAAAGCGAGUUUGCUUCAACUCUCAGAACCCCCUGAGUGCAAAUUAGCAUGUGCACCUGCAAAUCCUGAUUGGAACCAGAGCAAAUUAAUUCCAGGAACUUCUGGAGAAUCAUCUGAAAUGAGUCAGACUUAAUCACUUUUCCAUUGUGCUCUAAACCCAGAUGUCAGGAGACGCUAAUAUGAUUUUGACUGAUGGUUUUGGGUUUUGUUAUUUUUAUGUUUUUUUUAGCUCACGCUCUUGUUGUUCGCAAUAACAUUCAUGGGAAGUUGUUCAGAAUUGGAUGAGAACAAAUAUGGCUGAAUUUUCCUGAUUCAGAAUCAAUAAAAUACAUAAAAUACCUAGUGCCUUAAAUAAGAUAACACUUUCAUAAUGUAAAUAAACUUGCAUUAAUAAGCUAUCUUAAAUACAAAAACAAUAAUAACAUUAGUAGG